AUGGAAAACAGCACAAAUGAUAGUGUAAUAUAUCGUGAUGCUUUAGUGUAUCAGGGUCCUAAUUACGAAACAGAAGAAGAAGAACAGGGGCAAGUUAGUGCAGGAAAUGAAGGCGAUACCACUAUAAACAAUAAACAAAAUAUAAAUGCAUUAUCAAAAUAUGCUGCAACGUACGAAUUGGAGAAGUUCAAAUGGAAAGCGAUGCUUAUAUUCCAUCAUAGUAACUUCAAUAUAACAAGUCAAUCAAGGGUUACUUCGCUUGGAGACGUAAAACUGAUGUCGAAAACAUUUAAAAAACUUGGGUUCACAGUGGAGGUACAUCCGGAUAAAUCUCUGGACGAAAUAAAGAAAAUAAUGGAAAAAUUUACAGAUCAAAACUUUACAGACUGCGGUUGCAUAGUUGUGGCCAUACUGACCCUUGAUAAAGAAGGUAUGAUCAUGGCCAAAGAUUGCUUGUACAGCGAGCCUAUUAUUGUUGAAUAUUUAAAAGUAAAAAAUUUUACCCUAGUCACGAAGCCAAGAGUUGUGAUCAUUCAGGCUUGCCGACCUACACCAAUCAGCAGGGAUGCAACUCAAGAUUUAGAGUCUCCUGUCGAUGAAGGUGAUAUGAAAACACAUGUUUCCUACAGUUUACCCACCGAGUCCGAUAUUUUGGUUCUACAUAGCCGUUAUGUUGGAAUUACCAGUCAAAUCAUGCAUAUUUCCUGGUUUAUAAAAAUUCUCUGCGAAGCCAUAGACAAACUCGGACCAACCAAGGAUCUGGAAUCAAUUAUAACAGUCCUCAAUGGAUUGGUACUCGAAAACAAUAGUCAAGCCAAUAAUGGUAAGCCUGAUAUGAAGCUAUUGACCACCAAAGGCAUUAUGCCAGUUUCCUACUCUACUUUGACAAGGAAAUUAUUCUUGAAAGCUUAUGAAGCUAACUCAUAUGGCAGGGGAGAUGACAGUUAUGCCACUUUAAAACGUACAAAUAAUGAGUAGAACUUCCUACCAAUAAAGAUCACUACUCUCUCCUAUCUGGUUCUAUUGGACCCAAUGAAACUCGAAGACUGUCCCGAACAUCUGGUCGUCGCAAGAGAUGCAAUAAUGAUACCCAGCCUCUUCAUGAAGCAAAAUAUAGCAUAAAUGAGAAUUUGAACCAAGCUAGAAUCCGAAUUAAAAUAUUAUUAAUUACUAAAGUACAAAUAUAUGUUACAGAAAAUCAUUUAAAACAUAAUUAUAGUGAUAUGGAGAUAAGAGUCCUGAAAAACUAAUUAGAAACUUGUUAGUAAU